UCAAAAAAUAAAAAAUAUCCAGACCGUAAUUGUAGUUGAACUCACUAAAUUACCGAAUCGAACCGCAGAGCAAGAUUUUCUCGCGUUCUUUCCCGGCGAUUAUAUUUUAUUUUUCUACCCCACUUUUUGAUAGAUUUUCCAGGAAAAUUGUAUAUCGAAUAGAAGACAGAAAAUAAAGAAAACAUGGCAUUGAGCUUAACUCACCAGAUCGGAAGCCUAGCCGGUACGCCGGUGCCAGAUACUUCGGCGGGAGAGUCGUCUUCGUCAUCGGCAACGGUUAGCGCAGCGGCGGUGUGGAAGUCUCCGUCAGCGAACAUCCGAUGCGCGGCGAGGAAACCAGAUCCGGCUGGAGCAGACGCGCUGUCUCCUCCACUGACGCCGUGCAGGUCGCCGUCGCUUACGGGAAUCCGGCCAGAUCUAUCGGUUACUUGUAAGGCAUUCGCGACGGAUGCGGUGGCGAACCCAUCGGAAACGGAAGAGGCUGAGAGAGCGUACAGAGAAGGAGGAAAAGGAGGGAAGAGCGGCGAGGGAGGGGUUCCUGUUUACGUGAUGAUGCCGUUGGACAGCGUGACGUGGGGGAACGGAGUGAAUAGGAAGAAGGCGGUGAACGCGGCGAUGGCGGCGCUAAAGAGCGCCGGUGUGGAGGGCAUCAUGAUGGACGUGUGGUGGGGGCUUGUGGAGAGGGAGAAGCCUGGGGAAUAUAAUUGGGGAGGGUAUAGGGAGCUUCUGGAAAUGGCGAAGAAGCAUGGCUUGAAGGUCCAGGCGGUUAUGUCGUUUCAUCAAUGCGGGGGUAACGUCGGUGAUUCAUGCACUAUUCCCUUGCCUAAAUGGGUAGUGGAGGAGAUUAACAAGGACCCUGAUCUUGCAUACACUGAUCAAUGGGGAAGAAGAAACUACGAAUACCUAUCACUGGGUUGUGAUACUUUGCCAGUACUCAAGGGCCGUACACCAGUUCAAUGUUACGCUGAUUUCAUGCGUGCCUUCAGAGACAAUUUCAAGAACCUUCUUGGUGACACUAUUGUGGAAAUACAAGUUGGUAUGGGUCCAGCUGGUGAGUUGCGUUACCCUUCAUACCCAGAGCAAAAUGGCACAUGGAGGUUCCCAGGAAUUGGUGCUUUUCAAUGCUAUGAUAAGUAUAUGUUGAGUAGCUUGAAAGCUGCAGCCGAAGAUGCCGGUAAGCCAGAAUGGGGAAGCACAGGCCCAAGAGAUGCUGGCGAAUAUAAUAACUGGCCAGAAGACACACCAUUCUUCCGCAAAGAAGGAGGAGGCUGGAAUAGCGAAUAUGGCGAAUUUUUCCUCACUUGGUACUCUAAGAUGCUCUUAGACCAUGGUGAGAGGAUCCUCACCUCAGCUAAGUCGAUCUUUGAGGACACAGGAGUCAAGAUAUCAGUAAAAGUUGCUGGCAUCCACUGGCACUAUGGUACAAGGUCUCAUGCUGCAGAGCUCACAGCAGGUUACUACAACACCAGGUUCCGGGACGGCUACCUCCCCAUCGCCGAGAUGCUUGCACGACAUGGCGCCAUCUUCAAUUUCACGUGCAUUGAGAUGCGCGACCAUGAGCAGCCUCAGGAUGCUCUCUGCGCACCGGAGAAGCUCGUUAAGCAAGUGGCUUUGGCAACUCAGAAAGCGAAAGUUCCCCUUGCCGGUGAGAAUGCGCUGCCAAGGUAUGACGAAUAUGCACACAAACAGAUCUUAAAGGCAUCACAGCUGAACGUGGAUGACGACUCUGGCGAAAAAGAGAUGUGUGCAUUCACAUACCUGAGGAUGAACCCUCAUCUAUUCCAGCCAGAUAACUGGAGGAAGUUUGUGGCAUUUGUGAAGAAGAUGAAAGAAGGGAAGAGUGCACGUAAGUGUUGGGAGCAAGUGGAGAGAGAGGCAGAGCAUUUUGUGCAUGUCUCGCAGCCACUUGUGCAAGAGGCUGCUGUUGCUCUUAGUCAAUAAUAAUUUGCUUGGAUCUUCUUCGUCUUGGGCUUUAGGAAAUCAGUGACAGAUAGGCUAUGAAAGUUUUAGUUAUGCAGCAGCCUAUCUCUCUGGCUUUGGAGAUGUAUAAUUUUGUAUUAUAUUUUGUUGUAUUCUACCGAAAACAUCUAUUAUUACCAUUCAUGUAGCGUAAUGCCGUAAUGUAUUGUUGGGGAAAGAUUAUGUUAUUAUCAAUAUUAUUUCAAAGGGUUUUUUUUUUCGUC